UUUGAAUAAUUUAAAAGCUACGGCUGGGUCCUUUAGAGCUCUCGCAAAUCUAAAUAAGUUCCUUUGGGCAUUCUAGCCUAUGCUAAGUGCUCAUCAAAGUCACCAGUUGGCAGCAAAGGCUUCUUCUGAUACAUUUUAGUCAAAAAUUUCGAUUUCUGGUUCGAUGAACUUCCUGAAUAAAUGCUGCGAAAGGGAUUAUUCCUCUUGACUAUUUCGUUUGAAACAGAGAGUGAAGUACAAGAGUCUUGUGAUCUCUGAUAAUGCGUGAUCGUUCUUGUAAUAUUCUGAACUCUCUUAUUUGUAUCUAUAGAAAGACUGCUGUAUGAGGAUCAAGAAUUCUCUAAAUUUGUCCUUCCUGCCUUAUAUUGAGACCUUUUCGGAUUAAAAUAAUUUUGCAAGUUUUCAUGAUCUUUAAGCUCUGAUUCUACCGCAUUACAACCUUCCAGGAUGUUGAAUAAUGCAGUUCAAAUUUCUAUUACUGACUUGAUCCGGCUUAUAUCCUUGAGCUGAUUUUCUUCUUGCAAAUGGGCUCCGAGAUCCAAUUCUGUAAUAAUUUGAGAUAUUCUAAAUUGAUUUCUCUUCUCAUAAUCGAUUCUAUUAACAGCUUCAGUUGAGAAAGCAUUUGAAGAGCCACUUGUGUACUUAGGAGGAGUAUCCUUGCUUAUCAAAAAUCUUCUGUUAUUCUUUUCCAAGGAAUCUCUUUGAUUCUGUGAGUUGCUGACAAAAUUGUUCUUCAAAACAUAUUGAUAACCAUUAAUCUUACUCUUAAUGUUCGCUUUGAUUUCUUCGCUAGUUCUAGCAAAAUUAGUUGUUUGAUAACUUGGGUUAGGCUUCAUCCUCAAUCAUUCAAAGGCAUAUCAUAAUUGUUUCUCUUAGACUUAGAAAUUUUCCUUCCUUGAUGAAUUUUCUCUUUCAGAAUAGUGAUGAUAGCAAGGUUUUCCCAUAAGGCUCUCUGAAAGGAUUCGCCGUAUUAAAACCGGAAUUACACAAGCUGUUGUUAUAACUUCUCUUCUGGUAAGUCUCAUCUGUAACUUUAAAUACUCUCUUAUUCACAGUAUUUCCCUCUUGAGAUUUUUUCUCAACUAUGCAAGAAGGGUGUCUCACACUGGUCUGAACCAGGGAAUUUUGCUUAACAGUUUUGACAAGAAAUUUUAACUUUUCUUGAAUAUUCUGUUUACUCUGAUCUAAUUUUUCUGUUGAAUUAUAAUUGCUAAGCUCAGUUUCCAAUCUUUGAACUUGGUGGUUGCAGCUUUCAUUCUUGUCGCUCAACAACGAAUCUGUGGGGAAAGGGACUUGCUCUGGAUUAGUUCCAACCAAUUUAGAGAUAUCUCCUUCAGGGCGAGAAUUCUUGUCAUCAAAUUAGCCAUUAUUUACAACCAGAUCUAAAAGACCUGCUUAACUCUUUCUUGAUAUAUUCUUUUCUGAGGUACCUCUCUUCUCUCUUGUCAGCAGAAUUCUUCAGAUUAACUCCAAAGGCAGAUCGGAAUUCAGAGUUGUUAUAUUUACCAAAAGCUGUGCUAUUUUUAGAAUUUCCAUUUUCUUUGUCUCCCUCCUUAUUUGUGCUGGUUAAAGUGAAGCCCUUUUUGGUUGAUGCUGGGCUUCAUAAGGUGAUUUCCUCUUUUUGAUGAGAAUCUCCCUGACAGUUUCUGGUCUAGGCAUCCUUCGGUUUGAAUCAUUUUUAUGAGGUUCAACCACUCAAUCCUUUGGAAUUGUGUAGUAAGGAGGGGUAACAAGUUGUCUGUUCUGUCCGAGAGCUCCUUUUUAGCAUAAUUUUGAAUUAGAUUUAUGUCUUCAAGCACAACCGAGGAAUUCUCUCUUUUCCUUUGGUAAUGCAUGUCUUUUGUAACCUUUUUAUUACAGUUGCUUUCAAGUUCAAGGGUAUCAUCGAUGUCAUCAGCUUCACAUAACUCAAAUUCUUGUUUUGUAAAAGUCGAAUUUCUUCGUAAAAUAUGUUUCGCUGAAGCUUCAUUUCGAGUGGAAAAUUGCUUGGAGUCAUCAACACCUUUUAAAUUUUUAAUACUUUGGAUUUGUGUUCUAAAAUGAUCUGUUGCAUUCUGAUGAAAAUAAUUAACUUCGUUAACAAAAAAGUUGCUAAAAGGCGAUUUAUCCUUCUCAAGAGAUUUGGCUAAAUCAGGUAUUUCCUUUGAAGAAACCUGGAUGUCUUUUGUUGGUUCAAACUUUUGCGGAUUCUCCUUUAGUUGACAAACUGGAAUUUCAACUUGUUCGAUACCAAAAUCUUUCUGCUGAAGAAGGCUUUGCUUAUAUUCAUUUUUCUGAAGGUCAGCAGGUUCAAUAGUUUGGCUAGAGGGCUUUGGAGCCUUAAGUCUCUUCAGAGAGGUAGGAUUAAGCGAGGAUUCAUUGGCUUUGGAGGACUCUAUUUGCUGAGCACUUUUAUUAGAAAUGCUGGCAAGUCGGAAUUACUUUCUUUUGGUUGAAAGUUCUGAUCUGUUUCAUGCAUUUAUUGGGAAGAUAUAGCAUCAUUUGAAUCUACAGUUUCGUUAUGUUCGUUCUUGAUGAAAGGAUCGGGUGUCUCAGAAUCAGAAAUGGCUUUAAAGGUUAGAGAUAAGUCCCUACUGAUGUUCUGUCUUGAGGCUCCCUUAAAAGUCAUUUCUUCAAUGUUAUCGCAGUUGGGUGGUUGUUUGGAAGGGGAUGAAUUGGAAAGUUUUUCUUGAUCAAUUAAAAACCCAUUUACUACUUGUUGUGGAGAUGAAUGUUUGACUGAAUUAGAUUUUAGAGGAUCUAUUUUGCCAACUUUAUCGUAUUCAAUUGGAAAUUUAAAAAUUUCUGGAUUAAAAAUAUGUUUAAUGUUUCAGACUUUUUCAUCUAUUUUGUUGGAAUUCUGCUGCAAAUCACUUUGGAGAUCUCUUUUAAACUGAUUUAAUCGAGCCAACUCAUCCUUCUCAAUUUUAAAAUCCUUUGACCUUUCAUCAAUCUUCUCUCUAUCUCAACUCUCCUGCUUCGCUAGCCCCUUCUCUUUAUCCUUCUGUGUAUUUUCCAAAUUUCUGAGAAAUCCAACAAUAUCAUCGGUUGCUUCAGGAAACUUGACCACAGAAGGCUUAAUGCCUUGAUAAACAUACUUCCCCUUCAUUGAGGGUGGGUACACCACAACUGAAGGGAGGCCUUC